CCGCCGCGUCUGGCCGCUAUAAAUAGCCCCGAGCCCCCGUCGCCGUCCUCACACCAAAACCCCGAUCACAACCUCUUCUUCCAUCCACCGCCCUUUUUUCCGAACCUUCUCGAAGCGAAGCUCGCUCGUCCUUCGGCGCGAUGGCGGUGGAUCUGACCCCGAGGCAGCCGAAGAAGGCGUACGGCGGCGAGGGCGGCUCCUACUACGAGUGGAGCCCCGCCGACCUGCCCAUGCUCGGCGUCGCCUCCAUCGGCGCGGCCAAGCUCUCGCUCGCCGCCGGCGGCCUCUCGCUCCCCAGCUACUCCGACUCCGCCAAGGUCGCCUACGUGCUCCAAGGCAGGGGCACCUGCGGCAUUGUCCUGCCCGAGGCGACCAAGGAGAAGGUCGUCGGCGUUAAGGAGGGCGACGCCCUGGCGCUCCCCUUCGGCGUGGUGACCUGGUGGCACAACGCCCCUGAUGCCACCACGGAGCUCAUCGUCCUCUUCCUCGGCGACACCUCCAAGGGACACAAGGCCGGCCAGUUCACCAACUUCCAGCUCACGGGCGCCAACGGCAUCUUCACCGGCUUCUCCACCGAGUUCGUGGGCCGCGCCUGGGACCUCACCCAGGAUGACGCCGCCAAGCUCGUCUCCAGCCAGCCCGCCUCGGGCAUCGUCAAGCUCGGCGCCGGGCAGAAGCUCCCCGCCCCCUCGGCGGAGGACCGCAAGGGCAUGGCCCUGAACUGCCUGGAGGCGCCGCUGGACGUGGACAUCAAGAACGGCGGGCGCGUGGUUGUGCUCAACACCCAGAACCUGCCGCUGGUGAAGGAGGUCGGGCUCGGCGCCGACCUGGUCCGCAUCGACGCCCACUCCAUGUGCUCCCCGGGGUUCUCGUGCGACUCGGCGUACCAGGUGACGUACAUCGUCCGCGGCAGCGGCCGCGUGCAGGUCGUGGGGACCGACGGCAAGCGCGUGCUGGAGACCCAGGUCGAGGGCGGCUACCUCUUCAUCGUUCCCCGCUUCUUCGUCGUCUCUAAGAUUGCUGACGCCUCCGGCUUGGAGUGGUUCUCCAUCAUCACCACCCCUAACCCGAUCUUCAGCCACCUGGCGGGGAGGACGUCGGUGUGGAAGGCGAUCUCGUCGGAAGUGCUGGAGGCGUCGUUCAACACGACGCCGGAGAUGGAGAAGCUGUUCCGGUCCAAGAGGCUGGACUCCGAGAUCUUCUUCGCCCCCAACUGAGGAGCCCCCGCCACCAUUGCCGCCCGAUCCACCAGCGGUCUCGGUGUCGUCGUCGUCGGUUGUCGUUAGCUUAGCUCUAUAAGAAUAAGAGAGAGAGCAGUGGAGUCUGUCGGUGGCGCCUUGCAUGCUUCGUCAGUCAGUGCCAGUGUCAGUCAGUCAGCAGUCUUAGGGUCGCCAAGGGGGAGAGAGCUUUGAGCGCUCUGCGUCAUGGUCUGGUCGUGCGUGUCCGGUUGGUGAAACUUGCGAGAUGAAUACAAAUCUCAUGCUUCUUUCGUUUAUGAUGAUGGUCAGAUUAUCGUUGCUCUC